AAAAAAGAUGGCAGCGAUUGCUGUCUGCUGUCCCACGGAUUUAUUGCGAAAAUGGCGCAUUAUGUGAUAUUUUCACAAUUUUUAUCAAUUAUAAGUGAAAAUUUGUGUAGUGCUGCUAUGUGAUAUUGUGCUAUUUUACAUGAAUGACAGUGUUACUCGUGUGAUAAGAGACUUCGACAUUCUUUGGGAUAUUGGAUUACACAUAAAAUAAAGGCAAAAUGGUGGUGGGCGAGAGCAAGCGUACCGCAAAUAUAAUGGACGGGAUCGAAAACACGGGGGACGUCCGCCUCCACGACCACCGGCUUCGGCUCAAACAAAGAUUCGAUAUAGUCAGAAAACUAGGUCAAGGCACAUACGGGAAGGUUCAGCUCGGCAUCAAUAAGAAGACUGGGCAGGAAGUGGCUAUCAAGACGAUAAAAAAAUGUAAAAUUGAAACUGAGGCCGAUCUCAUUCGUAUCAGAAGAGAGGUUCAGAUUAUGUCCUCCGUCAGACAUCCUAAUAUCGUACAUAUUUAUGAAGUAUUCGAGAACAGCGAGAAGAUGAUUCUUGUAAUGGAGUACUGUUCAGGCGGUGAACUCUAUGACUACCUUAGCCAGAAAAAAGUAUUAGAAGAAGACGAAGCCAGAAGGUUAUUCCGGCAGAUUGCAACCGCUGUUUAUUAUUGCCAUAUACAUAAAAUAUGCCAUAGAGAUUUAAAAUUAGAAAAUGUUUUACUCGAUGACACUGGGAGCGCUAAGAUUGCUGAUUUCGGUCUUUCGAACGUUUUCAAAGAAUCAUCUCUACUGUCGACAUUUUGUGGAUCACCGUUAUACGCUUCUCCAGAAAUAGUUAAAGGAACACCGUACAUAGGACCUGAGGUGGAUUGUUGGUCAUUAGGGGUAUUACUCUACACUCUAGUCUAUGGAGCGAUGCCGUUUGAUGGUUCGAACUUCAAGCGUCUGGUCAGACAGAUCAGCAAUGGCGAUUAUUAUGAACCAAAAAACCCAUCGACGGCGUCGCCCCUGAUACGGGACAUGUUGACUGUGGAUCCACUAAAGCGGGCGGACAUCGUCUAUAUCUGUGACCAUCCCUGGGUGAACACGGGCUGCGAGACGUCCUGCCUCGAGAUGUCGGAGGCGCUGGCGGCCGAGACGCCCGUGCGCCUGGACCUGCUGCUGUCGCUGGCGCCCGCCGCGCCGUCCAGCUCGUCCGUCGUCGUGCCGCCCGAGGUGCCGCCCGCCGCUCGCGCACCCGUAAGGCGCCAGCCGCUCGUACUGACCGCCGGCUCGUUGCAGGCGGACCUCGGCCCGGAGGAGAGCUGCACGGACCUCACCAGCUCCACGUCGAUGGCCGUCGAGCCGAGUACUUCCGCCGAGAAGAGAAUCCUGGAACUCGUAGCCGAGGGCGGCGAGGACGCCAUCAAGCCGUCGCCGACGCGCACGCUGGUGGCGCCCGCCGACGGCCGGCGCCGGCUGGACGCGCCGCGCGCCAGUUGUGCAAGUAUGGCUCCGCUGUCUCCCGCUCUACCGGAGGAGGAUGCUAAGUUCGAUUCUCCGCCGCCGGAACGACCGUCUGAGGAUUCGAAACAGUUUACACAACCUUCAUUGAAAUCAUCAGCAACAAUGACGAUAUCUCCCGCCCCAGCAGCGCCACCCGCGCCAACGUUAGAACAAAACGAAGUUAUAGAGAACACGGUGAAAGAGGAAGGCCCCAAAGAUAAAACUAAAGUCGUUAUUAAGAAGAAAGUAUCGCCGCCGAAAUGUGACGAAAAUUCGGAAAAAUUGGAGGAGCCCAAGGAUACGACCAAAUCGAGUUCUGUAUCGGCGACGAUGGACAAACUGUCGUCACCGUCGCUCACUCAGCCGACGCCUGUGCCUGCGCCUGCUAAACCUAAGAAGCUUUCUAUACCAGGAGGUCACGUUGGAAGCUUCAAGGAGCAAUUCGAGAGACGAGCCUCUCUCACGGCUGCUCCGGAAAUUAAGCGGAAUAUUACCAAACCAGUCGUGUCGAAGAUCGCGAAGCCGAAAGCUCAAAGCGAGGACCGCGAGCUGUCGAGCAAGUCGGCCGACAACGGCGCCGUGAGGCUGCAACAGAUAGGCAUCCAGCCGUCGCCGGCGGCGCGCGGCGUGCAGAAGGCCGACAGCGAGCCGGCGCCGGGCGCGCUGGACGCCGCCGCGCUGCUGCAGGACGCGCGCCGGAGCCUCCAGAAUUCGAUGGCGAAGUUGGCGGAGGAACGCGCCGGGGAGGACAGUCGCCGUCGCGCCGCCAGGGACAUUAUCUCCUCUGCCAUUCGCACAGGCAAGCCGCCGGUACCCUACGGGCGCUCGUCGUCGGCCGGGGUGGCGGGCCUGCUGGCCCCGGCCGGGCCCCCUCCCGCCGCCCCGCCCCCCGCGCCGCGCGUGUUCCGCACCGAGGCGCUGCAUCGCGUCGAGGACCAUCGCAACAGGGGCGUAUCCGUGGAGCGCAUCAUCCCGAUUACGAUGCCGGGCGAGGAGCCGUCGUCGGCCACGCCGCCCUCCGCCGGCACGCCCACGUCGCCCGCCACGCCCGUCGCCUCGCCGCCCGCCUCGCUGACCUCGCCCAUCUCGCCCAUCUCGCCCGCAGGGUCGCGCGUCACUCAAACGCCGCUCAGACGCCUGACGUCGGUGGAGUCGGCGAGCGAGGCGGGUUCGCCGUCGGCGGGCGAGCCCAUCAAGAAGUCAGCGCGCGAGUUCAUCAUCCCCAUCGCGGUGGAGGGCAAGGGCUACGUCACGCCGCGCCAGCGCAGCCUGGAGCCCGAGCGCCGCGCGCGCCCCAAACGCAUCAGCAGUCUAGUCAGCGGUGGCGAGUCGGAAGAGGAAGAUGAUACGCACAUGCACAGAUUAAGAUCUACACGAGCUGCACGUGCGGAAUCUGUGAGUUCCGGGGAAGAAGACGAGGAAGACGAGGGCUUCCACCUUCUCACCGCUGAGAAUCUCUUCUCCACUCUAUUACACAGGGUGCGCGCGCUCACCCAGCGACUCAACGGCGAGGAGGGCCCCGGCUUCCAACACCCGCACUCGCUCUUCUACAACCUGCAGUCGCCCUUCUUCAACAGACUAAUAAAUAAUGACGUUUUUUCCGCAUGCAGCCCCCACUUACCGCGGAGAAAUCUCUUGCGCGAGGGCUGGGGCUCGCGCGAGCUGCACGCGCCGUUCGACUCCAUGUUCGGCAAGGCGCGGCCCGCCACGCCCAGAGGUAGUAGUAAGAAAACCGGCAAGCACCAAACGAGAGCCUCACCUAACUCGGAGACGGACGCCCCCGACGCCCUGGAUCUGUCGGACCUGGACUUGAGCGCCAUAGAGUUCUCGGAGCGCGAGAUGCAGGCGCUGUCGGGGCUCACGCCGGCGCUGUCGCGGCGCCUGCAGCGCCACCUGCUGGCGCACCUGCCGCCGCGCGCCGCCGCCCGCCUGCGCCGCACGCUGUCGCUGCACGCCGCGCCGCCCGCUCCCAGCGAACCGCUCGAGAAUACAGCUCCCGAAAAGCUCGAAAAUAUCGAUAUCGAAAAAUCCGAUUUCAACGAUGAGCCCGUCGACUCGUCUGCGUCGCAAUUUUGUACCCUGCCUCGUGUCCGGCGACGUAGGACCCUCUCGAGAGAACCCGACUCGCCGCCUCCCGUUUCGGAAUUCGGGCAAGAGAGUCAUUCAAAAUUAGACUCAUCAGCUAAAGAUUCCGAUAGUUCGAAAGGUGAAAGCAUACGGUAUGCGCAGGAACGGCCGUUAUUGAGUAAAUAUUUAGCGCCUGAAAGAAAUUUGUCUUUGGACGAGACGACGUAUUCGUCGGACGGCGGUAGUAUAUUGUCGGAACCUAGUUAUAUUGCAGCGUAUGGAUCACCUGCCGUGAUUAAUACUCCAGGAUCAAAUUUUAGACGUCACUCUUUGCGGUUAAGCGGAGAUCAAUCGAAAAAACGAAUUUCUAGAUUCCUUCGUUCAGAUUUCUUCGAUACACCUUCUGACGAGAGUUCAUAUGCUAAACAUAAGAAAGAAAAGGAAAUAGAAACUCAAAAAAUAUUAAAAGAAAUAAGAGAUAAGAAAAAUAAAGCAUUAGAAACGGUUACUAGAAGCCCUAUUGAAGUGAAUGACUCGCAGUUAGCUUCUAAAGAUGAAUGUUCUACGAGAAAAUGUCUGUCUCCAAUGACUAAUUUAAUAUUAAAAGAUCGCAGUAGAUCUAAUACGCCAUUUUUCCCUAGUUUAGGUAAUAUAAAGGAAACUAAUUUAGACUCUUCAGUUGUGGUAAAACAAACUAAAGACCUUAAAGAAUGCAAUGAAGCAAAGCAUAAGGUUCCUAACUUAGAUUCAAAAUUAAGCAGGCCUAAAAGUUAUCCGAUAAAAAAUAUCGAAAAAUAUGACGAUACGAAUAAAAACGUAGUAACAGAUAGUUGUAGAAAUGACGAUAAUGAAAUAGAGGAUAGAAAAAUUGGCAGGGAAUCGAAACUAAUGCGACCAAAGAGCUAUCCUACAAGCAGUCCUUCUCCAGAAAAAGUUUAUUUGAAUCGUAAUAACAAAAAAGAGGAUGUAAAAACUUCAAAUGAAACGACAAAUGUUUUAGAUGGCAAAACAGAUGUAGAAGUAAGCUUUAGCAUAACUUUACCAAAAAAAUCAAAAUCGUUAGCAACAAAAUCAGAUUCACAGACGGAAUUGGAAUCAACAGGUUCAAAAUUGGAAAAUAAAAUAGGAAACGAUUCUUUAACAUUGAAAAAAUAUAAAGUUAUUAAUUUGAAAGACAAAAAUGAAAAGUCGGAUAUAUCUGAAGUAAAGGUCGAAAAUUGUAAUGAUGAGUUGAAGACUAUCAAAAAUGGCACCUUGAGAGACGAUGUAAAAUUAAUGUCACCAGAAAAUCAAGUAAAUGAGAAAAAACCAGUGAUUAAGAAGAAAAUUGUUAAAAAAGUUUCAUCAAAAUCAAAGACUGAUUUAAGCAUUUCAGAUGUCAAUGAAUCGAAAAAUUCUGGAGAUAAAAAGAAGGUAAUUAAAAAAGUUAAGGAAAAAGAUAAAAAUGUUGACGAUACUAAUAAAACAACGACUGUUCCAAAAAAGAAAUCAGUAUUGCAAUCGAUAGGACAUAAGUUGGAAAAAUUUGCAUCAACUAAAUCAAAUUCACCAGAAAAAGUUGCUUACAAUAGUAUUCCACUAAACGAUAAAAACAAUGAUUCUUCCAAACAAAAUCGAAAUCAACGAGAACACUCCGUACCAGCAAGUGUCGAAUCAAUUUCAGAAUCAAAUUUAAUUAAAAGGGCUGUCACAAUAAGUAAUGUUGCUGCUCUAGAAAAUAGUAACCAAAAUAAAACAACCGUGUCCAAAGUAUUAGGUUUAUUCAAAAAAUUUGAACCAAAAGAAAAAAGCACUAAAUCGGUCAUAGAAAAAAAUUGCAAAGAAAAUAUUAACACAAACAAGGAGUGUAUAGUUAAAAACGAGAAUGUUGCGAAUUCUAUUGAUUCCGAAGAAAAGCCAAAACGUCCAAAUUCAUUAUUAUUAAAUGGUUUAGGGCGUAAAAGUAGAUUUAACAGGUCAUCGAGUGAAGAUGAUAGUGUAACAAAAGUAGAAAAUAAUGAACAAGUACUUAAAAAAGAAAAUGAUUCCAAGAAUACUUUAAAAUUAGAUUUCUCUAGGUUGCCAAGAGUAAAAAAAAUAGUUCCUACAAAUGCUGUGAUAGAACCACAAGUUAUAAAUUAUUCUGAUGUUGAAAAAUACGUUGACAAAAAUGACGUCUUAGACAAAAAUAAACUACUUUUAGAUAGUGACUUGAAAGAUUAUUGCGAUACUUUAAAGCGAAGUCGAUCUCGAAGUAGAUCAAUUUAUUCAAAUUCCGAUAUUAAGUCUGAUACAAGUAUAGACGUCAAAAAUAAACACGUCGGUAAUGACAGCACACAUCACGUAUCUAUUCGUAACCAUGAAUCAAUAAGUCCAGAGAAGGAGGAUAUAGUUGAUAGAAUACGAAGAAAAAGUUUUUACUCGAGAUUUAACGAAAAGAAACAGAGAAGGAAAAGUAGUUUAGUUGGUCCUGGAGCAACGGAGUACGACCCAUUGGCGCGAAUACAUUCUCAUGCAACUGAGUCAAAAUAUGACGCGUCCCCAACUUCUCCAGGAAAUUAUGACCUGUCACCGGGUUUAUCUGUCGGCUCAGAUAUAUCACCGUCCACAGAACGGUACAGAUCUUUACUCAGCGAUUUGCCUAUUAAUACAAGAAGCAAUUACAGGUACGAUGGAAUUAAUGACAAAGUCGAUUUGUAUAGAUCACUUGAUAGAAAGUAUUCGGGAACCAGAUCUUAUUUGGACUAUGAUCAACCUUCAUCGUACAAUUCUAAUAGAUAUUCGAGAACGAAAUCAUUAUUCGAAAGCACUGAUCCGACAGAAGAUCAAUCCUACGGUCUCCCUAGAGAUACACUCAAGUACAGCCGAACUAAUUCAUUAUUCUCACCCGGUAGUUAUGCUACAUAUAGGCCAAAAAGAACAAGAAACUCUGCCAUAAUACUAAAAGAAAGCGAAAAAGAACCUAGUCCUGAAAACAUACUCGAUAAAAUAAGACAAAAAAAGAUUUCGAUCAGUGUUACAAGAAAGCCUGACCCUGAAAAGGAAUCAGUACCGAGAUCCAAUGUCACAUCUAAAAGCGAAGGCGACAGUUCAGAACGCACUCCGAAAAUUGACUGAGAGGCGCUAUUGAUGAAAAUAUCGACUACGAAAUUUUAUUUGUAACGCAUUUCUGACAAUAGUUUAUUUAUUUACAGAUAAUAGCCGUGAAAACAAACGUUUUUGAAAUCCUAAACACCAAACGACUAAUAUAUUUUCGUUUAUCUGUAACU